GUUAAAUCCAGCUCCUCCUAGUUUGAUUCAGGCUAUUCAUUGAUCUCUCUCCUUCAACCAGCCCAUACUCCGCUACGGACUGCCAGCUCUAACCCCGAAACAUGUCUUCACCGAGUCGGCCCAUCGCAUGCACGGCAUGCUCUCGCGCCAAAACCAAAUGCGACAAACUAAUCCCCACGUGCUCGCGUUGCAAGGCGCGCCGAAUGGUCUGCGAACCGCGGACUGCCGGCCCUCACAACGCUAGCAGUCACUCCUCUCGGAGUUCCUCAAAUCCACUCGAUGCUUCGAUGCAGCGCCAGAUGACAUCCUUCUACCAGAACCAGGGGGCCGAGCCCGUGGCCGGACGCACUCUGUCUUCGCAGUCGAGACACUAUGGAAACGCUGCAUCAAAUCCCACAUGGCCAUCGUCCGCUCAUCCCCUCGAAGCCUGCCGCAUGCCUAGCUAUUACGAUUCAACCGCCUCGGAAGGCCCUUACCUAGAUAUGGAUAUGGACCUGGACUCCGGCCUCGACCUAGACUGCAACGAUGACUUCGCCAGAUCAUUCUCAUCCCCAUCUCCUCAGGGCCAAAUGACAGGAUACCUGCCCGCAACGGGAUACACUACAACAACAAGCGCGAAUGGAUACAAUAUAAAUUCCCACUGCGGACCGGGAGACGCCUACGCAGGAUAUGUGCAAACUGGCACGGACGCUGGGAGUGGUUACGGAACUUCAAACGGAGCCUCUGGAUAUGCGAACGCAAGUCCAGCGUUCGAGCAUUCGAAAUCUAACAGUUAUCCCUAUAUGCAGACCAAGGGUAGCUACCAAUGACGGAAUGAUGUUAUUUGCCCGAUUGAAAGCGGUUUGAUUUGAUCUCAUUUCUUUGGUUACUCCAGACUGGGCUGACUCGCUCUUGUAUGAUGAGAUGCACUACCUCUCUGUCGCAUAAAUUGGGGGACGGCUAUGUCCAUAUAUCCUUUCGGGGGUUGACUUUCAC